CCGGAGAGAGAAGUGUGGGGAUAACCACCAACCCUUCACAGGAAGACAGAAAAGAGGCAGAGAAAGGAAAAAGGCUGAACUGUGCCUGCGAGUCAAAACAGCGGCGACAAACUUUAAUCCUCAAUUUCUCCACCCAGUGAGCAACAAAAAGGAAACAUUUCAAGCAUUUUUUCCUCUCAGAAGAAGUCACACAACUCCAAGCAGCAGCGAUGGCGCCCUCUCUCGUCCAGGCCUACAGGAGGCGCUGGUGGAUGGCGGUGACAGCUGUGAUUGAGAACCUGCUGUGUUCGGCUGUGCUGCUGGGUUGGGGCUCCCUGCUCAUCAUGCUGAAGAGGGAAGGCUUCUACUCCCACCUGUGCCUAGAGAAUGAGUCUGUGGCCAUCAGUUUGGGCAACUCCACCGGUGACGAGGUGGAGUGGCUCAGCUGCGUGGACCAGGAGGAGAUGUUGAAUCUGGGCUUUACCAUCGGCUCCUUCUUGCUCAGUGCCACCACCCUGCCGCUCGGUAUCCUGAUGGACAAAUUUGGGCCACGACCAAUUCGCCUGGUGGGCAGUUCAUGUUUCGGUCUGUCCUGUGUUAUAAUGGCCUUGUCUGCCUACAACCCUCACGUUCUGUCAGCGCUUAUUUUCUUGGCUCUCUCUCUGAACGGAUUCGGAGGCAUCUGCCUGACCUUCACCUCUCUCACGCUCCCCAACAUGUUUGGUGCUUUGAGCUCCACCAUCAUGUCUCUGAUGAUUGGCUCCUACGCCUCCUCUGCUGUCACCUUCCCUGGAGUCAAGCUGAUCUACGAUGCAGGCGUGUCUUUCCGGGUGAUCAUGUGGAUGUGGGCGGGUCUUGCCGGGUUUGUCUGUGUCAACUGUUUCCUCAACUGGCCCAAAGAAGGCUUCCCAACACCUGACGAGGUUGACUACAGUAAGAUCCUCAUACAGCAAGAGCUGCCAUCGUCGGACCUGAAGGUUGUCGGAGAAAGGCUGAGCCAAAAAAAUGGAGACAUCCAACACUCCACAGAGAAACUUCCUAAUGGUACUGACGCUGCACCCAAUGCUGCUCCCUUCCGACGGUCCGUGUUCUCUCCCAUCUUUCUGUGGAGUCUGGUGACAAUGGGGAUGUCCCAGUUGAGGAUCAUCUUCUUCAUGGGGGCGAUGAACAAGAUGCUGGAGUUUAUGGUCACCCACGGUGAAGAGCAUCCAUCUGAGCAGUUGGUGAUUGAGGCCGAAGAGAAAGUGAGUUUCUACUCGUCCAUCUUUGGCACGCUGCAGCUGCUGUGCCUGGCCACAUGUCCUCUGAUUGGAUACAUCAUGGACUGGAAGAUGAAGGAGUGUAAAGAAGAGAAGACCUCCACCCCAGGCACAGAGCAGAGACAGACCAGUGGACCCAAGAGAGACAGUAAGAUCCAGAAAGUAACCAACGCCAUGAGAGCCUUUAUUCUCACCAACAUGCUGCUGCUUGUUUUCGGAGUGUGCUGCCUCAUAGAAAAUCUGCCUCUACAGAUAUUGACCUUCAUUCUCCACACUAUGGUCCGAGGCUUCAUCCACUCCUGCUGUGGAGGCCUUUAUGCUGCUGUCUACCCGUCCAACCACUUUGGCACCUUGACAGGCCUCCAGUCCAUGAUCAGCGCUGUGAUUGCUCUGCUGCAGCAGCCGCUUUUCAUCGCCAUGGUUGGACCACUGAAAGGAGACCCCUACUGGAUCAACCUCGGCCUGCUGAUCCUCUCACUGGCCGGCUUCCUGUUGCCCGCUUACCUGUUCUACCACCGCAGACACCUACUGAGGGAAAAGGAGGCCAGAGACCAGCGGGCAGCUGGACAGGAGUUGCGGGCCCUAAACCCCACCGAGGCCAACGGCUACAAACCACACAGCAACGGCCUCACUGCUGUGGAGGCUUAGACUGACGCCAUGGGGCCGAGAAUUGGGGGAACUGUAGGAUUCAUUUUUGUAUGUGCCUUCAAAAUGAGCACCAGCAAUCUACCCAUUCAUGUUUUGAUAUUUCCAGUGUUGUUGUUUGUUUGUCCUUGCUGGUGCACAUUUUGCCCACCACAAACCAUAUCACAAAUAGAAGCCCUCCAUGUUUUGUUACGAUCCAGUUAGACUUUAAGUUCCUUGUGAUUUUGGGAGAAGCGAGUGUCAUCAUCAUUUUUUGCUGUUUAUUUAUUUUGGUUUAGGUCAAAGAGCCAAAUUAGUAUCAUUUAAAGCCAUAGAUUUCAAUCACAAGCACACGCACAGACGCAUGCGCACAUCCUGGUAUGGCCUGUGUGUCGGACUGCAGAUAUCAUGGUACUUGAAAUACUGUUAUAUAGUUUUCAAAGAUAAUCAUCACAAUCCUUGCUAACACCAAAGAACACCUUAAUGAUAUUAGGAAAGUUACACUUUCUACUUCAGUAUUGUUUCAAAAGUGUGUUGAAUGACGCAAACCCUUGGUAUAUCGUGCUGUUUCUACUGUCGUCCCCUUAGCCAAAGGUAUACAUAUAAAUGUAUUAAACACUAUAAAAGCAUACAAGCUAUCAAAGAACAUUUAAAACUUCUAGACAAUGGAAUACCAGACGUCUGGUACGUAAAAGAAGCUUUUUUCAGAAGCCAGUUCACAGACACACAUAUACGCACAGAUAGCCUGGUUGUAGAGACACCAUAUCUACCUCCUCUGUUUGCUUUUUUUGUACUGUCUCUCUGCAACCGACUCCUAUGUCUGAGGAUAUAUUUUUUCACAUUAGGAAAUAUUAAUACCUUAAUUCUCCAACACCCAGAUUGAAUCAGUACAGUACACAUUUGUCGCAUUUCUGGAAUUUUUCUGUGAAGGAAAUAUAUUUUUUGAUGGAAAUUUCACAAGGAAAAAUACGACUGACUUUUAAAAUUGUCAAUGUUAUGAAACACUUUGUACUGCUUUAUGCACAGAAAUUAACUAGUGUGUGUAUAAAAUAUGUAUUUAAGUGUCUUUUUUUAUACUCUAGCUGCAGUAGCAUUUAAAAGGGAAGCAUUUGUUUCACUAUCAGCAAAUGUUAUUUUGUAGUGUGCUAAUAAUAAAUGAAGCUCAGAUUAUAUACUUGAUGAGAUCACCUGAGCUGAACGUAUGAUAUUUGCUUUUGCCUUUUCGCUUUUUUUUUAGUCAUGUACUGAUUUUGGAACAAUCAAGCCUCCUUGUAAAUAGAACUGAGGUGUGUCUUGUAUUUUAUUACAUGUUCUGCUUUACUAUAUAUGGGUGUGUACAGUAUAUUAACUGAUGACUGAGGAGGUACUGGCUGCGGUUAAACUUGUUUUUUUAUGGGACUUUUUCCUCAUGGAUGCUUAAAGUCACAUUAACAAACCAGCCUGAUCCCCUUUUUUCAGCCGGGUGCAGAUCAAAAAUGCACUUUCAUCCAAAGUGACACCAAAUGUGUCUAUUGUGUAUGUUUGUUCUGCACACUGAUACAGUAACAUGUAGAUUUGUGGAAUCAGUUGUAAUGUGUAAUUUUGUUUGAUUUAAUCCAUUUCAAGACAGCUUUAAUAGAUUUUUACUGCUUCGUUCCUGAUUUCCAGUUCAGCUUCUUGAAUCUUUGCUCUCACUUUGAAGGAGUUUCUGUAUUUUGUUUCAACUCUGUGCCUUUGCUGCGACCUUGGCUUUAUUGCAAUAGAUAUGAAUGUAAGAUUAAUGCCUCUGCCAAACUUUUUUGUCUGUAAACCAAAGCCAUGUGUAGGGACUGUAAGCUAGUUCGUAGUAUGGCACCUUUCCUCAGGAGAACAUACAGGAGCAAAAUAACAGGAUUACCUUAAAGCACAUUGCAGUAGUUCUGCAGUCAAUACCAGUUUGGUCAUAAUGUUUGUUUUUUGUUGAUUGUCACAGGUGUUGAUUAAGCUGGAUUGUCUUUUUUUCUUUUAAUAUAAAUACUGGUAAGUGCAUUUCAGUGUGUAUGUAUUACUUGUGUUGCAGUACAGUAUUUUGUAAUGUUUGAAACCAAUGUACCAGCAAUGACUAUCUGACCUCUUUGUACCUCUGAGUUGUUGUCAGACCUCUAUUGAAGCUGACACAUACUGGCAAAAGGUUCAUUCAAUCAAUUAAGAUAAUGUGACUAUCUUGAGCUUAUGCAGUUGUAAUUGGGAUUUACAAUAGUUUCUGGCUGAAUUGUUGUCAAGUUUAAUCAACACCCCUGACAGUCUCUACAACGAAAAUAAACAUUUGCUUCAUCAGCUACAGUGGCUUAUCUAAUCUUCUCUCUUUAACCUUUGAAGUGUUGGUCUAGCUAAAUGUACGCCUGUCUUUCCUGCCUUCAAUCAAUAUAUCCAGCUUGUGCAUUUGAUAAACAAAUAAAUGUAUUAAUGUAACCGUAU